UGGAAGUUAUUUAGCCUCACUGUAAACGUGUUUUGGGACUCAUGCCUGCUGUUUGACCGAAAACACGACAAUGAACAGUUGUAGAAGAAUAGUUUUUAUGAGGGACCGCGCCUCCUGUCACAACAUGGUCCGCUCUUUCGUCAAACCGCGGAGUCUGGACACAGCCCCGUCCUUCAGCCGGAGUCAGGGCACCGCAGCCACGCCAGCUCCAGAGUCCGAUGAGAAACCCGGGCUGAGGGCUAUCGACCUCGCUCGAAAGGUCCGGCAAGAAAAGGCAAAGACAACGGCGAAAGAGCCCCCGGUGUCCGCCUUGCAGGCGAGGGUGGCGGAGCUGAAGAGUAUCACACAACAGCUUCAAAACGUCCACCCGAACGUGCUGGCCAAACACCUGCACAGAACCGUGCUGUACCGGGAUAAAGAUGUGGUGGUCCUCAACAAACCGUAUGGUGUCCUGGUCCGAGAGGACUCAGAGAAUACAUCCAUCUCCUCUGUGCUUCCUGUUCUCUCCAAAAUGAUGGAUGGGAUUAAAGUAAAGUCUGACUCCAUACUGAUCCCCUGUCUGGGUCAGGAGAAGGACUCGACGGGGGCCCUCCUGCUGGCCAGGAGUGAGGUGGUGCUGGAGCACAUACUCUCCCUACACAGACAUAACCAGGUCCAGAGGAAAUACUGGGUUGUAACGGUUGGCAUUCCCGUGCCAUCUGAAGGACUGAUUGAUAUUCCCAUCAUAGAAAGAGAGGUUUCAGGACCUCAGCCACACUUCAAGAUGGCUCUGAGUCCACUUUUCCGAAUGAACGACUUGGGGGAUGGCAUGACCAAAGUGCGGGGCCAUCGUCAGUCCCAUCCUGCAGUGACCAAGUACAGAGUGCUGGACAGCAGAAGCGGCUGCAGCCUGGUGGAGCUGCAGCCUUUAACCGAGGUGAAGCACCAGAUCAGGGUUCACAUGGCGCUGGCUCUUGCGUGCCCUGUUCUGGGUGACCACAAGUACUCCAACUGGAGCAAACUGGCACCACAGAAAUUACCAGAGCGUGUGCUGAAGAAGCUUGGACUGGAGCAGAGCAAGACCCGGCACCUUCCUCUCCAUCUGCACGCACGGCAGCUGGUCCUGCCUGGACGCAGCCGGCCCGACAUCAGCGUGUCCUGCCCACUGCCCAAAUACUUCAUUCAAUCCCUCAAUCGACUGAAUUUGACAUUUCCAGAUGAUAGCAAAGCUGAUAAAUAA